UUCAUUUUUCACUACUUGCACCCUCAAAUUAAUUUGCUUACUACAGUCCUAUAUUUAAUAUCGUGAAUAAACCUAACCUUCAUAUGAAAUUUGAUUGACGUUUGUUUAUUGUUAUUUUCUGCUUACAUAUGUUAAUCAUAUAACUUAUAAUAAAAUAGUCUUGUUAAGUUUUAAAAAUGGCUAAUUGUGAAUUAAAUCAAAUAUUUCUUGGAGAAAUUGCAUCUGUACAAAAUUAUGGUGCUUUUAUCAGAAUCCCAGGUUGUUCUGUGCAAGGAUUAAUACAUAGAUCACAAAUUAGUUGUGUUCAUGUUGAUAAUGUUACAGAAGUUUUGCAAAAAGGAGAACGUGUUUGGUGUAAAAUUAUUUCUAUUGGAGAUGAUGGAAAAAUAGGAUUAUCUAUGAAAUAUGUAAAUCAAGGAAAUGGUACAGAUUUAGAUCCAAAUGGAGUACAAUUACAAAGAGAUAUACAAAAGAAAAAGAUUAUUGAAAAGCACGAACGCAAAACUAUACAUUUAGAAGCAGUUCUUAAUACUACAUGUAAAAAGUGUGGAACUGCUGGUCAUUUAUCUAAUGAUUGUUUUAUGAGUCCUGAUGGAAAAAAAUAUGAACUAAUUCCAGAAAUGGAAGAACAGAAAGAAGAAGAACAAAAAGAUGUUCAAACAGAAACUAAUAUAAGUAAGAAAGAAAAAAAACAUAAACAAAAGAAAUUAAAAAAGAAAAAAAAAUCUAAAAGAAUCAAACAAGAUAUUCUUGAUAGUGAUUCUGAUGAAAGUGUAAUUAAAAAGAAAAAGAAGAAAUAUUCUAAAGAUCAAAAGAAAAAAAAGAAAAAAUAUGAUAGUUCUUCUAGUGAUGAAAGUUCUAGUGAUAGUGUUUCUAGUCAUGAUAUGAAAGCUCAUAAACGAAAGCAUUCAGAAAAUUUAGAAAAACGUACUAAGAAAUGUAAACAUUCAAAAACUAAAUAUGCUGAUAAGUGAAAAUAUAAAAUAUAAAAGCUUUAAAAUUCAAAAUUA